GUGUUUACAUCUGAAAUUCUAUAAAACAGACUGACAAAUUUUAAAUUGUGAGUUCCUAAAACAACGUGAUGUGAAAUGUUCGAAACCUGCCAAACCAUAAAUGGUGGACCAAAGUGUACAGAAGUAGCUGAAAAAAUAGUUCAAUUGUUCGGGUGGAGACAGACUUACAAUGUUGAAAAAUUGCAAAGAAAUGUUCCUGGAAGAGCUACCACAAGAAUAUCUAUCACAAGACCUUCUCCUACAAGAGAAAAUAUUGGUAAACACAAGCAUCUAGACCUAACAAAAACGUCUUGCACUCAGGAUGGAGAGCACAAGUAUGGCCCAAACUACCUCCGAACGGACAUCGAAGUCACCGGAGAACAGAUAGCGUCGGGCGUUCCUCUGCUCCAGGUCCGCCGAGGGAGCGAACCCAGUCUCAACCAACUUCCUGCUGGCCCUCCUGCUCCUGCGGAACACACGAAGCGAUGGAGCGCUGCCCCUUUGAUACUGGAACCUCCUAGUUCAGGGUACAUCAGUCCGGACUGGAUGGAUGACUCCAAAGAAGAAGAAGAACCAUGUUUCAGGAGAAUCGCUAGGGAUGGGAGCAAUAGGCUGUCGAUGCAGUUUUUGGGCGCCGACAGUGCAGGCUAUCGUUGGGCCGAAGCUGCUGAACGGGCGGUCACCUCCAGAAACCAUUUAACCACCUCAUUGCCAAGAGAAGCGAGACGGAAGGAACCCCUUGGACAAGCCAACAACUCAACGAGUCCUCUUCCAUCUGCCGUUGAUGUAGGGGAAGUUAUCGUGAUAAGGAAUGAGCCCGGACCUCUUGGCAUCCACGUAAUUCCCGAUUAUGAUACCUUGGGGAGGGAAAGGGGGCUACUUGUUAAAGGUAUCGAGCCCGGAGGGAGAAUCGACAGAGAUGGAAGAUUGGCGAUUUACGAUAGGGUCGUCGAAAUCAAUGGAGAGAAUUUGAUCAAUAUGCCCUUUCAAAGGGUUCAAGAGUUGUUCAAACUUUCUCUUACUUCACCAGAAUUAAGACUGAAAGUUAUCAAAACCUCAGGACUAGAAGGACUUCGAAAACCUCCAGCUCCUAUUUAUCCUUCUUAUCCCGAAGAUAAGGAAAACGUGUCCAUGGUCGAGUGUGAACAGAAACAAAGUACAAACACUAAGGUAGCUACAGUAUCUCCAACCAAAAAAGUUCCAGCAGUUUCAAAAAAUCUGAAGGGUUUGCUCACAGCCAACACAAGAAAAAUAGGACGCAAAAUUGAAAUAGAGCUCACAAAAGGACCCCACGGGCUCGGAUUCAGUAUAACAACCAGAGAUAAUCCAGCUGGCGGAAAAUGCCCCAUUUAUAUUAAAAACAUAAAUGCAAUGGGUCCUGCUAUAGAAGAUGGGCGACUCAAAAUAGGCGACAGACUUUUAGAAGUAAAUAAUGUUGAGAUGACUGGUAAAACGCAGAGUGAGGCAGUCGCGUUACUCAAAAGUUUGCCCUUGGGAAGUAAAGUAAAAAUAGUUGUAUCAAGGCAAGAAGACGUUAUUGAUCCUCCACUUCCUNUUUUAUAUGUUUAUAAUUCACAGCCUUCCGAUCAAAUAGACGAAAGUAUGGUAUUUCCUUGGAAACAUCGUGAAAUUUUAACCUUCAACAUACCCGUUCAUGAUUCUGAAAAAGCUGGCUUGGGAAUAAGCGUGAAAGGAAAAAGCAAUGAUCAACUUCUCAAUGUUAAUGGAAUUUCCUUACUUCAGCAAACCAACAGCGAUGCCAUGGAGACUUUAAAAAAUGCCAUACCACAUACUGAAGGGCCUGUACCUGGACACAUAACGCUCACAAUAGCUAGAAGGGUUUCUUCGCCUGGAGUCACCAGUAAAAACCGUUCCAAGGAUAGUGUUUUCAGUAAUUCCAGCCAAGAUUCACAAGAAAAAAAUGAUUCAGUGGAUAAUUCUGGAGCUAGUAGUGGGUCUGCGAAUACUGUAAUUUUUAAUCCACAAGGCGGCAUUUCAAAUAUUUCCGAGAAAUCUUCAGAUAAUAGUCAAUUAAGUCCAAUGCAGACGUGGAAUCCAGUAUUAGAAAGGCUGACUGGCAGUAAUAAACAGCAACAAUUGAGAAAUGAGAGCUACUACAAGAUUCAGAUGCAGGAAGAAGGUGAUCCAGCUUACAGCUAUAGAGGACCUUCUGGAGCACUCAAAGUUAUAAGAGGAAGGGGCUGUGAAGAAAGUUUUAGAGCUGCUGUCGUAGAUCCUAAUCACAGAAGUGAAAUUGGUGCCAAAAAGCAUUGGCUCUUGGAUGGACCAAUGGAAAAUGAAAGAGAAAUAGAUGGCUUUAAUAAUGUGAGAGGAGCACCAAGACAAUCUUCUUUGAAUGCAGCUAUUGACAAUAAAAGUAAAUCGGCUAAGAAGAAACAAGGGAUCUUCAAAGGAAUUGGCUCCAUGUUCAGGUACAGACUAAUAAAAAUGUGUUAUAAUUAUGUGGAAAACCAGGUCUUCAUAUUCCUAAAUUUGGCAGAGCUGAGGUUACUGUUUGUUUUGAAGAAAUUGGUCACCUUUACAUCAUGGGAUUUUUUUGCUUACAGUGUUAUUCCAGAAAAUUCAGUAGCGCCACCACCAAUAAAGUAUCGUCAAAAUUCCUCCGAACAUAGACGCAGUGACAGAGAACUUCACAAGCAGAGAAUGGCUCAAAGGCACACCUAUUAUCAGAGUGAUGAUAGAGACGCUCAUGAUGUCCGGUCGCAACAGAGGGUUGAUUCAUCUAACCAGUUUAUUGAAUAUGGAAGACCUGGUAGCAGAUCGGGUAUUACAGAGUCCGUCCCCUUCACACAUUACGUUAAUUAUAAUGAACUACAAAAUCAUUUAAGCCGUAAUAAAGAUCCUCUAUCUGACAGUCAGAUAGUUCAGAUGCGACUGCAAGUGCAACAGCAAAGAUUAAAGGUGGAGGAGGAAAGCCGUAAACAACACCAGUACCAUUCUCAACGUCAGAGUCGUCCCGACAACCAACUGAGGCCUGUUUCAAAUUAUUAUGAAUACGAAAGCAUCCAGUCCGUCCUAAACAGCCGAACACGUCAGAACGUUCCACAUGUCACUUCUGUCUCUUCCCAGCAACCACCAGGAUACCAAGAUGCCAACUCAAAUUCAUUAUCACGUAACCAGCCUGUUCAAGGGAGACAUCCUAGUGGAAGGGGUAGUCACUCCAGAGGACCAUUCGUUACUCAAGUUACUAUAGGAGACCAUCAAAAGAACGGAACCAAAGUGUGAUAGUAGCUUUCCUAUUGAUCUACUUGGUUUUUGGUAGUCGGUGAGCUCAGUCUCAAUUACAGUUGAAGAGUUGUGUUUUUUCUAGUUGACUGGUUAAAACAACCACAUUUCUUAAUCUGUUAGUUUCAAUUGGCAUAUCCAAAUACAGUUUUUUCUUGAAUA